CACAUACGGAACAAAAUAUCUUUUAAUCUUUAUUUCAUCAAUAUCAAAUAUUGUUCUCAUUUGUGUUGUAUGGUUGUAAAUAACUAAAUUUAUUUAUUUUUAAUUCUAUACAACCUAACAAAAAAGGUACUGAGUUGUUCUACUUUUAUUUAGAAUGGCUCCAAAAAAGGUAGAAGAACCUGAGAAAAAGCCACUGAUUGGAAGAGUGGGCACUAAUUUAAAAGUUGGUAUUGUAGGAGUACCAAAUGUAGGCAAAUCUACAUUCUUCAAUGUGCUGACUAAAAGUCAAGCGGCUGCUGAGAAUUUUCCUUUCUGCACUAUUGAUCCAAAUGAAAAUAAGGUUCCGGUCCCGGACGAAAGGUACGACUACCUGUGCGAAUAUCACAAACCAGUUAGCAAGGUACCAGCUUUUUUAAACGUGGUGGAUAUUGCGGGGCUAGUGCGAGGCGCGGCUGAAGGGCAGGGCCUUGGCAACGCGUUCUUGUCGCACAUAAAAGCUUGUGACGCCAUUUUCAACUUGUGUCGAGCGUUCGACGACGAAGAUGUUAUCCACGUGGAUGGCGAUGUGAACCCUGUACGUGAUCUUGAGACCAUUGGUGAGGAGCUGAGGCUAAAGGAUGAGGAACAGCUCAUGCAGAACAUCGAAAAGCUCGAACGCGUCGUCAACCGUGGCGGCGACAAAAAACUGAAACCUGAAUACGAUGCGCUAUUGAAGAUCAAGUCUGUAUUAGUGGAUGAAAAGAAACAAAUUCGUUUUGGAGAUUGGAGCGCUGCAGAGAUAGAAGUACUCAACAAGUAUCUAUUCCUGACGUCCAAACCAGCACUGUAUCUUGUCAACCUUUCCGAAAAGGAUUACAUCCGAAAAAAGAAUAAAUGGUUACCAAAACUAAAGGAAUGGAUUGACAAGAAUGAUCCAGGAGCACCACUUAUACCGUUUUCUGGUGUUUUAGAAAGUAAACUGAUGGACAUGGACCCAGUAGAGAAACAAGCCUAUUUAAAAGAACAUAAUAUCACGAGUGCAUUAGACAAAAUAAUUGUUCAAGGCUACAAGGCUCUGCAGUUGGAAUACUUCUUCACUGCUGGUCCUGACGAAGUCAAAGCUUGGACGAUACAGAAAGGCACAAAAGCGCCUCAAGCCGCUGGUAGAAUUCACACGGACUUUGAGAAGGGUUUUAUUAUGGCUGAAGUGAUGCAUUUUAAAGAUUUCAAGGAAGAAGGUACCGAGGCUGCGUGUAAAGCCGCCGGCAAAUACAGGCAACAAGGACGAAAUUACGUCGUGGAAGAUGGUGAUAUAAUAUUUUUCAAGUUCAACGCUGGCGCUGGACUAAAGGACGCUAAGAAGAAAUGACGCAAUAAAGUGCUUCUGCUUCUCGUACAUAUGUUGUUCCUUAACCUUGUACUUUAUACUCUUAUGCACGUGGCCGACGACUAGGAACUCUAUUAUUUAUAAAAACGUUCAUAAAAUAAACAACAUAAUAACGAGUGAUAAACAGCUUUGUUGAUGUUAAUAUUAUUUAAUAAGUAAUAAUAAAUCCUUUUUUUGUAAAUUUAUUAAAGU